AUGCAGGCAGCCGCCGUCCAGCAUCCGCCGACGAACCCCUGGUCCUCCCCACCACCCGCACCUCCAAGAACGGCUGCGUCUCGUCAGCCUGGAUCGCAUGGCGAGGCAGCUUCAAAGAAGGCGAGCAAGGUCAAGGACCUCUCGCAUGUCCCGUGCAAGUUCUUCCGAGCCAACUCCUGUACCGCCGGCAAAGCCUGCCCCUUCUCGCACGACCUCCCAGUACCGGGCACAGGGAAGCCGAUCUGCCAAUGGUUCGCCAAAGGGACAUGCAAGUUCGGACACAAGUGCGCCCUCGCACACGUCUUGCCUGGCCAGCCCAUGUCGUUCGACCGCAAGAACAAGCGAGCGGCGCAGCAGGCUCUGCGAGAAGCGCAGGCGGGCGCAGAUGGCACGGCGGGGUUGUUAGGUGUCGGGCAGGGGCAUGUCAUCCCUGGCUCGCUCGGGAUGGAUGGCGCGUACGGAGCGUAUCCGUCUGCGGGCGGCGCAUCGAGCUCCGGGACGAGUCAAGGAGACGUCGACGCCAUCUUCGGCUCGCCCGACUCGGUCGGACACCGCACGCCCGCCUCGAGUCCCGGUCUCCAGCACCGCACCUUGCCUGGCCAAGUCCCGCACUCGCCUCUCUCCUUCGCCACGAUCGCUCAAGGUCCGACGGCGACGUUCAUUGCACCCACAUCGUCAGGCUUGUCGCACCAGUUCGGCUCGUCAACGUCAAACCCGCGCGCGACAGUCGCAGCACAAGCGAUGCUGUCUGAGCAGGCGCGGCGGUUGUCCAGCACGAGCGAAUCGCUCUCCCCGCCGCGCUUCCAGCACAACUCGCGCGCACGACUCGGCGUCAACAACGGCGCAGGCGCCGUCGAGCUCGCUUCGUCCCCUCCUCUCGCCGUUCCAGGCGCCAGCAACGCCGCUGCGGGACCGACCUCGAUCUUCGGCACCUCGCCCUUCUCUGGCUCGCGAGGACUCUUCAUCCCCUCGUCCUACGACAGCAACGAAGAUGCGUUCCCGCGGUCGCCGCCGUCCAAGCCACGCGUCAUGCCGGACCUGCAGCGUUCGGCGUCCGGUUCAGGGUGGAACGAAGCGGUCGAGGAUGACGAGGACGAUGGCGAAGACUACGACGAAGGGUUCCUCCCGUCCUCGUUGAACGACCUCCUCACCCCCGAGGAGAUGCGGCGGCGGACUCUGCGUGCGUCGGGAGCGAUGGGUUCGCAUGGCCCCUCGAGCUUGUCAAGCUCGUCGCCCGCCUUCGACCCGUUCAUGAACAGCAAGUCUGUUCCAGCCGACCUCUUCCUCGCUUCUGGCAAGCCAUCCCUCGCACACGGAUCCGGCAGCUCGCCUCACUCGAUCGCCAUGCCUCAGCCUACGCUCGGCGCAAGGUCCGUCUCGGCGAUGCCUGCAGCGACAUGGGGCUCGUUGAGCUCGAGCGUCGAAGGUCACAACCCGUCGGCAGUGUCGUUCGAGCCGCCCGCCACCGCAUCCCUCCUCUCGCAGAGCAGGACUCGCGAGGCGACCAUUGUGCCGACUUCGCCUCUCGUCGCCUCUUCAGCCUCGAACGCUACCGCGACGCCGCCUACCGCUUCGUCCCUGCUCUCGUCCGCCUUGAACGGCUCAUUGGGUCUGGCACCUCCCGUCGCAGGCGGCAUGUACUCGGCCUCGUUCUCCGACGCAGCCCUCCGCUCCCCUCCGUCUGCCGAUCGCGCAUCCCUCCUCUCCGCCGCCAACGCCGCCGCGCUGCGGUACCCUCAGACCGGCUUGUCGCCCAGCACAAACGCCUCCCUCGCCGCGCCCGGCUCGUCUCUCCCCGGCGGCCUCGCAGCAGGUUUGAGCAGGCUGCACCUCGUCCCUCCGGCCUACACAGGCGAGACGCCUCCCUCUUCCUCGCCCAGCACGACCUACCUCUCUAGCUCGCCCUCGCACGCGCCCGCACCCGGCUCAGCACUCGCGCGACGCAUGUCCGGCACCACAGCGGCGUUCUCUCCCCCACAGCCGAGUAGCUCGCUCGUCUCUUCGCCUUUGCGAGACGAGAUCCACCUCCGCAUGCCCGGGUUCUCGGUCGUCGCCGGCGGAGGAGGGAGCGAGAACGGCACGCCUGAGCCGCUGAGUGCGGCGACGGAGCGGGCUGUGCCGGUUGUCUUUGGGACCGUCACGGGUCCGCCUGGGUCUAUGUUUGCGGGAGGGGAGGGUAGCGUCAUUGGAGACGACGAGGACGAGCGACAUGAGGAAGGGGACGAGGUCAUCCAGUUUGACAUGGAGUGA